AUGGUUGAAGAUAUGAAAGAAGAUAAAAAAAAUGAGACUAAAACUUCUCUUUUCUCUGCUAAUCUUUCUUAUGCAAUACUUCCAUAUGUUGCUCAAAUGCCUAUGUUAAUGCGUAUUAUUGAUCAUUAUACCGAUACAGUUCGACCAAGGCCAAAAGUUGGUUCACCUAAAGCAGAAACAACUGCUCAAAAUCAGAAAGAAGAUGAACAAGAACAACGACUUGUUUAUAAUAAAGAUGUGUAA